AUGUCACAAAAAGCAUUAAACAAUGACCUGAAAUUGUCGGUUCCAGGUGAUCUGACUGACGUCUCGAAUAAAAGCGAAGAAUCAGCGAACAUAGAGGAUCCAAAAGAGGUAGUCCGACACAUUCAGCGAGUCGUCGACACUGUCCCAGACGACUAUCCCGGUCUACCAAUCUGGUUGAAUAAUCUGGGGGUCAAGCUCUUAACUCGAUAUAAUCGAACUGGAAAUUUGGACGACCUACAGAAUGCAGUUCAACACGCCCAGAGAGCCCUCAAAAUUAUCCCAGAAGACCACCCUAAUAUUGCGUCCUGGCUGACUAGCCUAUCUGUGAUAUUAGUGACUCGAUAUGGUCGAAUAGGAAACUUGGAUGAUCUAGAUAGUGCAGUUCGGCUCGCUCAAAGAGCUGUCGACACUACCCCAGAAGAAGAACAUGCAGAUCUGGCAUUCCGAUCAAUGAUUCUAGCAAAUCAUUUCUCAAACCGAUAUCGUCGAACAGGAAAUUUGGAUGAUCUACAGAAUGCAGUUCGGCUCGCUCAAAGAGACGUCGACACUAUUCCAAAAGGCCACCCCGAUCUGGCAUUCUCGUUAAAUAAUUUGGCGAACAUCCUCUUAACUCAAUAUGAUCGAACUGGAAACUUGGGCGAUCUACAGAAUGCAGUCCGACACGCUCAGAGAGCCCUCAACACUGUCCCAGAAGACCAUCCCGAUCUAGCAUCCUGGUUGAAUAAUCUGGCAGUCAAGCUCUUAUCUCGAUAUAACCGAGCUGGAGAUUUGAACGAUCUACAAAAUGCAGUCCAAUACGCUCAGAGAGCCAUCGACAAUACUGCAGAAGAUCACCCUAAUAUGGCAUCCUGGUUGGCUAGCCUAUCUGUGAUAUUAGUGACUCGAUAUGGUCGAAUUGGAAAAUUGCAUGAUCUAGAUCGUGCAGUUCGGCUCGCUCAAAGAGCUAUCGACGCUACCACAGAAGAUCACCCGGAGAUAGCAUCCCGGUUAAACAAUCUAGCGAACAUGCUCUCAGCUCGGUAUGAUCGAACUGGAAACUCGGAUGAUCUACAGAAUGCAGUCGGCCACGCUCAGAGCGCCAUCGACACUACCACAGAAGACCACCCGGAGCUAGCAUCCCGGAUAAACAAUCUAGCGAACAUGCUCUCAGCUCGUAAGCCACGCUCUGAGUGCCGUCGACACUACCCCAUGGCAUCCCAUUUAAACAAUCUAGCGAACAUGCUCUCAGCUCGGUAUGAUCGAACUGGAAACUCGGAUGAUCUACAGAAUGCAGUCAGACACGCCCAGAGAGCCGUCGAUACUACCCCGGAAGACCACCCUGGUUUACCAUCCUGGUUGAAUACUCUAGCAAUCAACCUCUUAACUCGAUAUAACAGAGCUGGAGAUUUGAACGAUCUACAGAAUGCGGUCCGACACGCCCAGAGAGCCGUCGACAUUACCCCAGGAGACCACCCUGAUUUAGCAUCCUGGUUGAACAAUCUAGCGAACAAAUUCUUAGCUCGAUAUAGUCAAACUAGAGACUUGGAUGAUCUUGAAAUGGCCGUCCAAUACGCUCAGAGAGCUGUCGACACAAUCCCAAAAGACCAUCCCAAGGCAGCAUCCUGUUUGAGUAAUCUGGCGAACACGCUUUUAACUCGAUAUCAGGAGACCCAUGAGCUUAAAGACAAAGACGCAUCGUUCAAGUUCUUCUCAGAAGCCUUUGACUGCCACAACGCAAUGCCUCUCGAGCGCAUCAAAGCUGGCCGCGGAGCGAUGAAUAUUCUUGUUUGGGACGGUGAUUUUCAAACAGCUAGUUUGCUGGCAGAAAAAGCAUUGGGUCUCCUACCUAUCGUAUGCAGCCGUUACCUCAGUCGGGAUGACCAACAGCAUGCUAUUCUUCAGACAUCCGGGCUGGCUGCCGAAGCUGCCUCUCUUUUGCUUCGAACCCAGAAAAAUGCAAGCCAAGCCCUGCAGUACCUAGAGCACGGUCGAGGUCUUAUUAUUGGAUACCUCAUCGACAGCCGUGGUGACAUAUCGGAUCUAGCCAAAAACCACCCCAACAUGGCGAAGGAAUUUAAUCGGCUUCGGUAUAAGGCUUUUAUGUCUAUUAGCCCCGAAGACCCGGCUGAGAUUCGCCGGCAGCGGUUACGGGAGCGUGAUGACGCUGUGGCAGCUUUGGAAUGCUGUCUUAAGGAUAUCCGUAAACAAGAGGGCUUUGAUCGAUUCCUUCUUCCCCUUCCUUCUACCGCAUUACAAGAAAACGCUAUCGACGGUCCGAUUGUGGUUGUGAACGUCACCUCGAUCAGUAGCGAUGCCUUGAUGGUUCUUCCUACAGAGAUCAGACAUAUCCCAUUACCCGACUCUCACUCAACGAAGGUUGAGUAUUACCGUUCGUUAGGGUUAGCGAGGGGCUUAUUUAGGCUGAUUGAGUUGGACGGCCGUGAAAGCCUUGAUAUUCUCCAGGAACUAAAUUUUCUUUGCCCGCCCUCUCGCAGUGAGCUCCCUCGGAUUUGGUGGAUUGGCACCGGCCUAGCUAGCUCUCUUCCGUUCCAUGCGGCGGGCGAUCAUUCGGCGGGCUCAGUUGAGAAUGCUUUCAGUUGCGUUCUUUCUUCCUAUACACCGUCAAUCAAGAUGCUACGAUACGCAAGAGAUAGGGCACAGGUCCAGCCAGAUACGCAGUCGGUCUUACUAGUGAUAAUGCCUAAGACUCCCGGCGGAGACGACCUCCCGGGAGUGAUGGCAGAGGCCAAGGCGAUCCAGGAGACCAUCACUACGCCGUAUACCGUGCAAUUAUUUGAUCAGCCUAGCGCAGAGGUAGUGCUUCAAGCUCUCCGAGAUUGCAGUAUCUCGCAUUUUGCAUGCCACGGAUGGUCAGAUAUACUAGAUCCCUCAAAUAGCUACCUUGCUUUGCAGGGGCAGUCUAACUCGAUACCUGAUCGCCUUACGGUCCAAAAUAUCUCCGAGACCCAUCUUGGGCAGGCGCGGCUAGCAUACCUUUCGGCCUGCUCCACAGCUGAAAACCGAGUUUCCAAGUUAGCAGAUGAAGGCCUACAUCUUGCAAGCGGUUUUCAAGUCGCGGGCUUUGCACACACAGUAGCGUCGAUGUGGCCUUCCAACGAUGAGAUUUGUGCGCAAGUGGCAAGUAUUUUCUAUCGUGAGCUCAUUGUCAAGGGUGGGUUGCGAGAGGGCAACCGGGCUGUGGCAGUGGCGUUCCAUGCGGCUGUGAAGGAGGUCCGCAUGCAACACGCAGAGCAGCCACAUCAGUGGGCCCAAUUUGUUCACUUUGGGGCAUAG